CCUGGUGGUUUCUGAGCCCCCCCCCAGCAUUGCCUAAGCCCCUCUCCUCCCUGAACCAGGUUCUGUUUCUCUGCCUUCUCUCCCCCGGUAGUUUUUACAUCCCUGACACAGACUUCCUGUGAGUCAUCACAGCAGACAUUAGAGAAGUAACUGGAAGAAGAGACACAAGUGUGGUGAUGGGGUAUCCGGCAAGUGACAGCUGAUGAAUUAAAACCUUCUCCCUGUCCAAUUCUGAGGGCAAUGAGAGAAAGCAGAUGAAGGGAAAUAAGAAUUACCGCCCAAAGGGGAGUCAUGAAAAUUGGCAUCAGCGCCUUUGUAGGCUCAGAAGCUCCCCUGAGCCUCGGCAGGCCAAGAAAAUUGGAGGACAUGGCAAGAAAGACCCCAGAUGAUCGACCUUGUGCGUGAGCUUCCUGCCAGCUCAGCCCUGGGAAACCGGACGAUGGAGAAGCUGACGGUUAUUAAGGUGGAAGUGGAAGAUCUCCUCAAGCAACCCCGGGAGAAGAUGUACACUUGCACGAUCUGCGGGGACAGCUUUAAUCACAAGAGCGUCCUAGCCACGCACCAGAAGACCCACAAGGAGGAGAUGCUAGUGGAGCACCAUGAGCAGGAGGGAAGUGCCAUCACAGCAGGAAAGCCAACAAGCCAGCAAGCCACCAGAAGGGCAGAGGAUGCCAGCCAGGAAGGUGUGAACCAGCAGGGAGAUCUCUCAGCGCAGAAGGAAUCCCUGCAGAAAGCAAAGCCCUACUCUUGCACCGACUGUGAGAAGAGCUUCAAGAUGAAGGUGGACCUCACCAAGCACCUCAGGACCCACACAGGGGAGAGGCCUUUCCCAUGCAUGGAGUGUGGGAAGAGGUUCAUCACCAAGUCGCAGCUGAAGGAGCACCAGAGGAUCCACACCGGGGAGCGACCUUACCAGUGCUCCGAGUGCGGGAAAUGCUUCACGCAGAAGUCACAGCUCAUUGUUCACCGGAGGAUCCACACUGGCGAGAAGCCCUACAAGUGCAGCAGCUGCCAGAAGAGCUUUGUGGACAAGUCGCAGCUGGUCGCCCACCACCGUAUCCACACAGGUGACCGACCCUUCAAGUGCGGGUUGUGCGCCAGGGGUUUCCGCCAGAAGAUCACCCUCAUUAAACACCAGAGGGUCCACACCGGGGAGGGGGGGCGACGGCAUGGCGGGCCCUAUACUGGCAACGCCUCACAGCUCAUCGUUCCCGAGUCGACGCCGGACGGGGAGAAGAUAUUCCGAUGCGGCACGUGUGGAAAGGAGUUCAAGAAGAAGUCGAUCCUGGUGACCCACCAGAGGAUCCACACUGGGGAGGAACCCUACCAUUGCGCCGAGUGCGGGAAGCGCUUCCGGCAGAAGAUCCACCUGAUCCGCCAUCAGAGGACCCACGCCAGGGGGGAGGCCCACGUGUGUGUUGAGUGCGGGGAUGGCUUCAGCAGCAAGGGGCAGCUGCUGAGGCACCAGCGGUGCCAGCACCAGAGCGAGAGACCCCACACGUGUCCCGAGUGUGGGAGAAGCUUUAGCCAGAAAGUAGGCCUCAUGGCGCACCAGAGAGUCCAUGAGAGGGAGAAGGGAGAUGGGAGAGUGGCCGCCACCGAGGGGAGCGCUGUUGAGGCGGCAGACGGGAGGCUGCCUGCCAAAAAUGGCAAAGGCAGCAGCCAUCCGGGGGACCUGAUGGUGCCUCGUAAGAGCCAGGUCUAUACCUGCACCCAGUGUGGCAAGACAUUCACCAAGAAAGGGAACUUUGCCAACCACCAGCGAGCCCACACGGAGGAACGGGCGCACCGGUGUGGCGUCUGCGGCAAGAAGUUCACCAAGAGGGGGGAGCUGACCAAGCACGAGCGGAUCCACACGGGCGAGAGGCCGUACAUCUGCGGCGACUGCGGCAAGCGCUUCACUCAGCGCACCCAGCUGGUCACCCACCAGCGCAUCCACACCGGGGAGAAGCCCUACCCCUGCGCUGACUGCGGCAAGCGCUUCAUCGACAAGUCCCGGUUGACUGUGCACCGGCGUAUCCACACCGGCGACCGGCCCUUCCAGUGCACUGCCUGCGGCAAGGGCUUCCGCCAGAAGAUCGCCCUCAUCAAGCACCACCGAGUCCACGAGAGGGGCCGUCUGGAUGGGGAGGUCUCAGGGGGGAAGGAGCACGAAUGCCCCCAGUGCGGGAAAGGCUUUGGCACCAAGGAGAACCUAGCCAGCCACCAACGGCUCCAUGCCACCGAGAGGCCCUUCAAGUGCGGUGAGUGCGGGAAGAGCUUCACACAGAAAGCCCAGCUGGUGGUGCACCAGCGCAUCCACACCGGGGAGCGCCCCUUCCGCUGCACCGACUGCCACAAGGGCUUCAUUGACAAGUCUCGGCUCAUCGUCCACCGCCGGAUCCACACCGGCGAGCGGCCCUUCAAGUGCACGGCCUGCGGGAGGGCCUUCACCCAGAAAAUCGCCCUGACCACCCACCAGCGAGUCCACAUGAGGGAGCAUGAGGCCACCCGGGAGCCCAACAAAUACUCCAAGCACGGGGAGAAUGACUCGGGCAAGGCCCAGCCAGGCGAGGAGUGGCCCUUCCCCUGCAACGUGUGUGGCCGGGGCUUCCGCAAGGAGAUAGCCCUCAUCACCCACCAGCGGGUCCACACCAAGUACGAACCCAACAGGUGCAGCAAGUGUGGCCAGGUCUUCCCUGACAAGGCCCAGCUGCUCCUGCAUCAGCCCUCCCACGCGGAGGACCGGCCCUUUAAAUGCAACACCUGCGGAAAAGAUUUCAAGCGGAAAGAGAUCCUGAUCACCCACCAGAGAAUCCACACGGGAGAGGUGCCUUUCAAAUGCACCGAGUGCGGGAAAAGCUUCUCCCAGAAGGCCAACCUCAUGAAACACCAGCUCACCCACACCCGGAGGGGCCCCUUCAUCUGCUCUGAGUGUGGGCAGAGCUACACCACCUUGGGGCAUUUUAAAAGGCACCAGAGGAACCAUCUGAGAAAGCGAGCCCCUUCUGGGGAGGGGAAAGACUUGGCAGAGGAGCAGGACACAGAUGAGCUGCCGGAGAUGGGUGUGCACAACGGGCCCAUUAUCGUGGUAAAGACGGAAGUCAAUACAGAUGACUAUGAGGUCCUGCAGGUCCCAUGAAACCUCCCUCAGCAGGGAGUGGUGCGUGUGUAAAGGGAUCCUCCAGAGGCAAUGCAGGAGUAAGGGCCCUGGUGCUGCCAACCCCUAGCGUUCAAAGAAUCCCAGAUCAAGCUACCCUCUCCAGUCAUGAGAAUGGCUAAAAUGUCAUGAGAUUUGAGAAAAAAAUAAUACAUGUGGGGUUCUUUUUAUGAGCCUUUGCGGGUCACGUUUUCAAGGUUUUCUCUGCAACCACAUGGGCUAGAAACUUACUUUUUCAAUGAAAUCUGUGAUUUUGGAUGUCUUCACGUGACUCCUGGAGCUGAGGCUUUAAGGAAAAAACACCAAAUAUCCCAAGAGUUGGCAACACUGACUCUUCCAUAGAUCGGUAUCCAGCACUCAGCAGCACCAAAUAUCAAUAUUAAGCUGACCUGGGUUGCAGGUGGUCUGGGAGAACAUCAGCGAUUCACUGCAGUGUAAAACGUCACCAGUCAUCAUUCCAUACGACAGUAAGAGAGGCAGAUAUCAUCACAGGGCUCUACAUGGAUGGACUGGUGGGCCGAUGCAGAGCCCUGUUGAAGUCAAUAGGCUCCCCAUGGGAUGCAGACAUCCACUUGUGUGGAAGGGUUACCUGGAUCAGGGCCAAUGUACCUAGAAAGAGAGCACCUACUUGAAGAGGAGAUAGGUCCAGAUCCUCAAAGGUAUUUAGGUGCCUAAUUCCCAUUGGCAUCCACAGGGAGUUAGACGCCUAAAUACCUUUGAGGAUCUGGGCCAUAGAGUUUACUUCAAAGUCUGAUCUUUUUUGAUGAUCACGCUUUAAAAUACGCUCACAGACGGUUUUAUUUCGCUAUGCGAUCACCAGUUUUAUUGUUUCAAUACAGGACAUUCACUGCAAAAGCACCGUUCUGGUUGAGGAUCGAAACACACAGGUUGCCUGAUUCACGGCUACGUUAUUCCAGUUUAAAUCUGCCGAUUCCAGUGGUGUAAAACUGGAGGAACGGAGCGGGAAAUCAGGCCCAAGCUAGUUCCGGUUUUGCUGUAAGCUCCUCAGCUGCUGCACAUUGGCAGAACUCAGCUGAAGUCACUGGAUGUACCCCAGCUUGCAUCAGCUGAGAAGCAGGUCCGUGAUUCCCACAAGGUGCAUUUCUCCCAUGCUCUUGUAUCUAUAUAGUCCAGCAGUUCGGUGUCCAGGAGCUCAGAGCAUGGCAUGUAUACAAGGGGAUGACAUUAGGAAGAAAGUGUAACUUUGACUAUCCUCUCUGUUUUGCAUUUAAAUUCUUAACCAUAGCAUUGCCCUGGCCUAAGGCCCUUCCCCCUCUGUAGAAAAUCCAUAUGAGAGGGAAACAUGGGCCAUGAUCCUGAGAACCUGUAACUCCCAUGACUUCCCAACAGUCUAAUCCAGGAGGACUUGUGUCCCAAGCCUGCCAGUCCCAGGACAUUUGCAGGGCAUGGUUGUCUACCUCUUCUCCUUCACUCCUUGCUUGCUGGCUGUAAAUCUCGCUAAGGCCUUAUACGGCUAUGGGUUCCCAGCUCCCCUGGGUUAAAGCUGCUGGGAUUGCUAUGUAAAGUGGCUCUCUCGUGACUCCGCCCUGUGCAACCCCAUGAAAAGCCACUGAACCCCAGUCACAUGGAGGCUUGGGGAUGAAGAGAGCAAUGGCAGCUGUAGGGGCAGCCAAGCACUGCAGCUCCAUCCAUCCCAUCUGGCCCUGGGCGGCCGGGAGGAUGGCAGGGCUCAGCCGUGGUUUGGAAUAAACGUCGGAACCAUUUCAUCAAUACCUGCCGCCUCCUGCUCUCUCUCCCCUUCCCCAGCAGUCAGGCUUUGCAUUACAGACAGGAUCUUGGUUCCUCCAGGGUAUGUCUCCACUGCGGCAGGGAGCGAGCCGCCCAGCCCGGGGAGACAGCCUUGAGAUAGCAGGGCUCACGCUAGCAUGCUACAAAAUAGUUGUGUGGACAUGAUGGCGUCGACUGAUGUUCAGGCGAACCACGCGGUCUGAGACCCACCUUACCUAGCCUGAGCCUCCACCCGGGGCCGCAACAUCCACUCUGCUAUGUCUGAGCGUGCCAGCCCAAGUCUCGCUAGCAGGAGUCUGGAUCCCCAGACUCCUUGCUGCAGCGGAGACAUGCCCGAAGAGUUCACGGAUCCCUCCUGGGACCUGCUUUCUGAAGUCAGCAUGCUCCAUUUGCGACAACAGAGAAGAAUGGGAGUUAGAGGUGGCAAAGCCUCAUUCGGGCAUUUCCCUUCCAAUGCAGGAUUCCCUAUCUUGUCCCAACUUUUGUCUAGGGUGACCAGAUGUCCCAAUUUUAUAGGGACAGUCCCAAUUUUUGAGUCUUUCUUAUAUAGGCUCCUAUUACGCCCCACCCCCUGUCCCGAUUUUUCACAUUUGCUGUCUGGUCACCCUACUUUUGACCAGUCCAGUUAUUAAAUGGCCCAAAGGAAAACGGCUGCCCCGAUUUCCCUGGGGAGACCGUUCCACAGCCUAAUAGCUAUUGAGAAAGUUCCCCUUAUAUUCAUCUUAAAUGCUCCCUUUCUUAGAUUCCUUCCAUUGCCCUGCAUAUCACACCAAGAAUGAGGCCCAGUGUUUUACUGCACAGGGUCUGUUGAAAUCCAGUUCUGGAUCAUGCAAUAUGGAAGUGCAUCGCUGCUUGCAGGGAGUGCCAAGAGGAGCAGCAUUAACUAAACAAUGAUGGAGGUUUUAAUAAGUCUGUGACUGUCUGAAUGCUGUGGACACCAAAGAGGUGCAUAACUUUUAGCACAUAGAUACGCCCAUCGACUUCAGCAGGACUAUUUGUAUGCUUCAAGUUCAGCACGUUUAAUAAUUUCCUCUCCCUCUUCGGUGUGCACAGCAUUCAGAUAGUCAUAGACUUCUUGUGCCCUCCGUCAUUAUUUAGCUCAUGCUGCUCUUCUCUGAGUUCCCCCCACUCAGCAAUCCAUUCCCACAUUGCAGAAUCCAAACCAGGAUUUAGGCAGACCCCGUGGGGUAAAACAGCAGUACAAAUUGGGGUCCAGAGCUGACCCAAAAAAAAUUGCAAAACUUUAACUCUUUCAUUUUGCUUUUUUGUCAAAACUGACUUAUUUUCUCGGUUUUGGAAAUUUCCUCCAACCUUUUUUUUUAAAUUGACCUUUUUCCCUCC